GUCGGACGCUUCACCGCGAGGACCCGGCAUGAUCCCUUAGUCUCGUCCUGUGAAACAGCGGGCGUCCUGAAGAGGUUACAGGCGAGAUCCAGGAGACGGUAAAUUGGAGGAGAUGAAAUCGGGCCGAGGUCAAAGGGAGCGAAGGGGAGGAGACUGGGGGAAGGAUGUGAAGCAAUCCUUUUUUUAAAAAGGUCGCGUGAUCGGACUCGGCGCUGUUAUAAAGUACAGCGGCGACCUGGAAGCGUGUUGCACAAGAUCGAGGCAGAGGAAAUGGAGUUCCAGGUGGCAAUGUUUACAGAAGUCUCACUGAUGUUCCUAUUCAUACUCCAGGGUGUAACAGCAAGCCCCAGCCCUGUUGCUAAAAGGCAUGAACUCAAAUCUCUCCGUUUCUUGGCACUCGGUGAUUGGGGCGGGCUCCCAUUUUCACCAUACACAACUCCUGUGGAGAUGAGUACAGCCAAACAAAUGGGGGUUGUGGCCGAGACAAUGGGCGUCGACUUUAUUCUGUCACUGGGGGAUAACUUUUAUUACAGUGGAGUUUACGACGUUACUGACAAGAGAUUUCAGGAAACAUUUGAAGAUAUCUUUUCUGCCAAGUCACUGAAGGACGUGCCCUGGUAUGUUGUAGCAGGAAACCAUGAUCACUUGGGCAAUGUAACUGCACAGAUCGAGUAUUCCAAAGUGUCCAAGCGAUGGAAUUUUCCACAAUAUUACUAUGACCUGAACUUCACCAUAGCAGGCUCCAAUACUACCGUUACAAUAUUGAUGUUGGACACAGUCCUGCUGUGUGGAAAUUCUGAUGACUUCCGGGGGAUGGAGCCAGAGGCACCAAAGGAUUAUCACGUGGCUAACACACAACUGCAGUGGGUUGAGGAGAAGUUGAAGGCCUCCAGGUCGGACUUUCUGAUUGUUGCUGGUCACUACCCAGUCUGGUCAAUUGCUGAACAUGGACCCACUCAGUGUCUGGUGAAGAAGCUGUAUCCCCUGCUCACUAAGUACAGGGUCAGUGCAUAUUUCUGUGGACAUGACCAUAAUCUGCAGUUUAUUCAGGAUGAUAAUGGGAUUGGCUACGUCCUGAGCGGAGCUGGAAACUUCAUGGAAGAUUCAACCAAACAUGAGCAUCGUAUUCCAAAGCACUGGUUGAAAUUUUACUAUGCAGACAUUAGCUCUUUAGGGGGUUUUGCUUAUGUGGAAGUGAUGCCGGAGCAGAUGGCCGUCACCUAUAUUGAAGCACGUGGCAAAUCCCUGUAUCGGACUGCCAUCCCUAGACGAUCAGGCAGGUGAAGCUCACAGCUAUUUAUCACCUGAAGAGGAAACCCACAGUGCUAAAUGACAGAGCUUGCUAAAAUUGAACUGAAUUAGUUCAUGUGCUUCCUUCUAUUGAAGCUGGUUUCUGUGCAAAGGCUUUGUUCUUUUUAGCCAAAAUCUCUCAAAUUGAACAGUACUAUAAAUAGAAACUUUUGGUUUCCAUUGCUACUGAAGUGAAGUGCCAAUGAUUCCUUUCCUUCUAGCUCAGCGAUAUUUAAGUAAUGCUUUUAUUACACUCAGGGAUUGACAGUUACUAUUUUCUUGUUCUGCUCUACCAGAUGUGCACAUGCUAGGAGUACAUUGGGAAAGUCAUCUUAUCUCAGAUUAGAUGGCAGGACAAUUGGGAAUAAGGUGGCAAUAAGACAGACUGACUGAACGAAUAAGAUGAAAGGCAAUAACUGGAAUACCUUGACCUUCACAAUGGUCCACUCUAUACAAUGAUACAUCAUUCUCAAUCACAGAGAAAUUGGUUUGGUGCUUGCUAUAUAUAUAUAUAUAUAUACACAGAUCAAGAACAUUCACUGUGAUUAUGGCAGGUCUAUGGCCUUAUUCCAUUACCUGUACUUGCUCCAUAUCCCUGAAUAUCAUUAGUUAAGAAACAUCUACCAACCUUUGAUUUAAAACUGACAAUUGAAAUUUGCAGAGAAUUUUACACUUUGGUUUAUAAUUCCAAAAAAUGUCUGGCUGGCUCUGAUGACAAAUUCUCUACUUAAUCUUCAGACUUCUAGGGAAUGGAAGACUUUAUUUUCUUUUUUUUUUCCAGCUGUGCAGUCAACAUGUUGUUCUUGCAGUGUUGUGUCCAGAACAGCACACAAUACUGCAGGAUUUUGUACAGCUGCAACACUAGUUUUAUCUCAUUAUGCUCUAAUCCUAUGAUAUAGAAGCCUGCAUAUUACUAGCCUUUACUUUCUAUACCCAUGUGUAUCAUUUCAAUGAUCCACGUAGCCCAUCAAGUUUCUUUAGAUGUUGGUCCUUUCUCUUCAAUGCCUUUUAGAAAGUAUUGUUCUAUUGCUUAACUCAAAGCAGGUAAUCUUAAACUGGCCAUGUUUUUCAUCUAUAAUUUUAUUAAUAUCUUUAAUUUUCCAUCUAUAUUGUUUUGAAUGCCACUCGUAUUUGCCAUCAGUAUCCAAACUGUUAAUAAACAGUGUGGAUAUUAAGGCUCCGGUACAGAUCUUUAGAUCUGGGUUAUAAGUUUUGUGUUUAAUAUAUAUAUAUUUUUUUAAAUACUCCACACUGAUGUUUGGAGCUUUUAAUAACUAAACAAGGCUAGUCUGCCCCAUUGGUUUUGAUUGCAGACGUGUUUGUUACGUUUUUAAAAACUGAAAUUUGAUAUACAUGCCAUAUCGAGUUGUCUUUGCAAUUAUUUAAAAGAAAGCAACACAUGGAAGGGCUCAAUGUGAUGAGGCAAGGUCCUCUGCACCUCUCAUAAACAUGAGAAAGUCCAAAGCAACACAUUCUCUACGCUUCUGUUGGGAGCUGUGACCCUGUAGACUUUUCAGAAGCACCAUUUUCAAUUUGUUAUCCCAAUUACAUGUUGCACACGUACAAGAAAAAAUUGUGCGAAUCCGCUCCAGACUGCUGACAUAAUGAUGCUAUUUAUGUAAGCAAUGUGCAUGACUGUGUUUGAUGUAUCUCAGGUUAAUCUGGUUCUGAUGUUUGACUUUUUGUAUGUUUUAAAAAUCUGUCUUCAAGUGUGAAUUGUUCCGAAUUCUCUGGGAUCGUUUUAUAUGAUUAUUGACUUGUAAGCUUUGGAAUAAAUUGGAAUUAUUACAGUAUAUUGUCAUCUCUAAAUUAAAAAUGUGCAUUUCAGUCGUCGUGUUUAGUUGCACUCCUCAGAACUUGCUGAUGUAGCAUUGCCCAGGUGCUGCUGUGAAUUUGCUAAGUUCACACGCCUACGGCUCUGCUUUAUGUGGCUGGAAAUCUUCACAAACAGCACAACUAGUUCAACUGUUCCUUUGUUUUUUUUUCCCCCUUUUCUCCCAUUUCUUCAGACCCUUUGUAAUUUAAAAAUGCAAAAUGUAUAAUAGCAACAAAUGUAUAGUUUUUUAAUGGAAUUUAAACUUUCCAAAGCUUCACAGUUGUUAACAGAAGAAUUUAUAACUACUGUGUUGAACCAAAAAACCACUUGUCUAUUGGAAAUUGCUGAUCAG